CCUGAGCAAACUCGAUCAACAUAUAUUUUUAAUUUCUUCUGACCUUAACAAACUACUGUAUGUUGCGGUGUCACCAACCAACCUUAGAAAAUUUAUGAGUAGUGAUAAUACUUUCUGUGGUAGUGGUAUUCUGAAACGAUUUGUUGCAUAUCAUAAGGCGCAAUGAAAACAAAGAUGGAAGAAGAUACGAGGUAUUUUGAAGGUUGUGGUCACGAAGGACCUAUAAGAUGCAUAUUUUUAUGCGAGUUUCACCCAGUAGCAGGGCCCAAAAUAACCUGUCAGGUUCCAGAAGAAUAUGUAACAAAGGAAAUAUUUGAUGCUGUUAGUGUUUACAUAAUCCCAAAACCUCAACUUCAGAGGAGCAUUCUUACAGUCAAUGUUCUAGGUUACAAAAUCACAGGAUUUCCUGUAAGGAUAGAUAAUACAAAGUACGCAAGAAAUGCAUAUUAUUUCAACUUAUGUUUUGUGUGUGAUGCUUGGGCUCGAACUGUACAAUAUGAACCAGUUGUCAAGAAGUUGUCUGAAUAUUUGAUGACAAUGGAACAGGAAUCAGGUUUUUUAUCUAAUGAAAAUAAAAGUGAAAGUGAAAAAGUAAGACUUUCAACAAUGUUGAAGCAAAUCCUUGAGGAUUUAAAUUCUCACAGAAUGACAACCGUCAUUGAAGGUACCACAACAAUGCAUCUAAAAGUUGUCAAAGUUGCAUCAGAUCCGCCUCACGUAUCAGACCAUCACGUCCCUCUUUUCAUCAUGGACCAGAAUAUGUACCGAGAACAACAGUGGGACCUUACGACCCAGCAGGUUCUUCCCUAUAUUGAUGGUUUCAACCAUGUUGCAAAAAUUGCAGCUGAAGCUGAUGUGGAAAACAAUCUUGUCAAAUCUUGUGUUCAGAAUCUCGUAUAUUAUGGUGCUGUAAAGCUUAUUCCAAUAUUUCAAUAUUGUAAUGUAUAUGUUGCAACACCAGAGCUCAAACAUCUUGCUGGCGGAAAGAAAUUCCAAGAAGAAUGCCUUCUGUAUGUUUCAAAAAUUGAAGGUAAUCUACCAAACCUUCGAGAUGUUUUCAUGAUGUAUUGCAACAUGACACAUGGAACAACGCUGCGUGAUCUGUGUGUUCGUUUCAACCCUCAAGCACUCAGAAUUGAUGAGAGAAAAUUGGUUCAGUUUGGACUUCUCCAUAAAUUGAUUCGCCGAGUUCAUAAGUACCCAGUGUAUGUAGAAGGGAAUAGGCACCUGAGUCCUACUACACCACUACAGCGCGAAUUUUCAGGCUUGGCAUCUUCGGAUGAGAUUUGCUGCAGUACCGGUUUAAGUAGUCAGCAACUCGACGAGGAAAUUGAAUAUGAUCCAGGUGUCACAGUUAUAUGGAAGUGAUUGAUAGCUCACGAGCUAAACAUUCAGUAUUACCGAUAAUUAUAUAUUAUUUUGUAAUAUGCCUUGUGCAUUUUGAAACAAGUUGGCAGGAAUAUUUUUGUAAUGUAAUGAAUGUAUGAGAUGAUGACAGUGGGAGAGAUGAAGGAAUCAUGAAAAAAAAUCCUCAUCAUGGAACUAACAUGUCUAUAAGGUGCAACAUAACCUCUUUCUAAAACAUGCAUUUAAAAAAAUGUAUUAUUAAGACAGAAAUUUAAUGUCACAUUCCUGAAAUUAAUGGAUAGCUGCUCUGUCUCUUGAGUAUGAGUGUAACAUUAUUAAUUAUAGCAUUACAGUAAAAAGCAUAAUUCUUAACCCUA